AUGACAUACUCAAUAUUUUGGAAAAUAAAAAGAGAGGAACAUAAAUACAUUGAACUGUUCAUAAGAAAGCUGGACAAAAUUAUAUUAUCCAAAUUUGCUAUACGACAACACGAACAGCUCCGCGUCGUCAUUGCGCGUGUUCUGCGGCCAGCUGGUACGCCAUCCACUGAAACUCAACCUGAAACCCAACCGCACAAUGGCGAACUUACCCCGGUAGAUCAGGUUAAUCUAGCCUAUGAGUUCGUCAAAGAGGUGGAUUGCCUUGAUGUGAGCAUUGAAGGCACAACGGCAUGGGAUGCGGCUCAGCGCCGGUAUGAGGAACAGAUUGCGCGAGUGGAAACGGCGAUUACCUCCAGGCUAAGGGAUCAGCUGGGAUCAGCAAGAAAUGCAAAUGAGAUGUUCAGCAUCUUCAGUCGCUUCAACGCACUUUUCUGUCGUCCACAAAUCCUCGGCGCUGUCCGAGAAUACCAAACCCAACUAAUCCAAAGGGUAAAGGAAGAUAUCGAAAGACUGCAGGCUAAGUUUACGAAGCAGUACGCAGACAAUCGUGGUGAAAUUCUGACG